GUAGGAAGGCGAACAGUGUGAAACAAAAACAGCUUUAUUAGAGGAGGAGAUGGUGCGAGCACAUGUGUGACUGACUGAAUAUUUAGGAACUUUAAAGGUUUAUAUAGAGGACAGGAAGUGUUUUAAUCAGUGCACUGAGAGCAAAGACGUCCUGUCAUUAAGUGUCAAAUGCCUGGAGAAAGACUGGAGGAGCGCUGCUGGAGCUGCACCAGUGUACAAGCCAAACACUUCCAACAGUCCUGCGUCUGGUUCUCAUCUAAAGCUGGAGAGAUGAUGUCCAUCAUCAGCUCAGUGCUGAACCAGGUCCGAUCUGCCCACCUGAUCAGCCGAGGUCUGGUUCUGUUCCUGGUCGGGGUGAUUUUAGCUCUGGUACUUUAUUUCCUCCAAAUCCAGAGAAACACUGAGACGUUAUUUCCAGAGGAAGUGCUGGACACUUUGUUUUCUUCUGCAUGGUGGAUCCCUCUGUGCUGUGGAACAGCUGCUGCCGUGGUGGGUCUGCUGUACCCGUGCCUGGACAGCCACCUCGGAGAGCCGCACAAGUUUAAGCGAGAGUGGGCGAGCGUCAUGCGCUGCAUCGCCGUGUUCGUGGGAAUCAACCACGCCAGUGCCAAGCUGGAUUUUGUAAAUAACGUCCAGUUGUGCUUGACGUUGGCGGCUCUCUCUCUGGGUUUGUGGUGGACGUUCGAUCGAUCCAGGAGCGGGUUCGGUUUGGGACUGACCACCGCUUUCCUGGCUACGCUCAUCACGCAGUUCUUAGUCUACAACGGCAUCUACCAGUUUCCAUCUCCAGAGUUUGGUCACGUCCGCUCCUGGCUCCCCUGUAUAUUCUUCUCGGGUGGAGUGACGGUGGGGAACAUCGGAAGGCAGCUGGCCAUGGUUUCAACAGAGAAGCUUCACAAUGAGUAAAGAGGGGCUCUGAGGGACCCUAAACACCCCAGCAAGAAGGAACGAGACACUUUCGGUCUCUUUGCUCCCAUUCAUGUUGUGUGGCUAAAUAUUUGCCCUGUGGACAAGAGACUCAGAAAUGGACUGAAGAACUUGAUCGACCUUCAUCGUCAUCAUCAGUGUCACGAGUGUCAGUGACUGCAGUGAAGGUUCAUCAGGAGUAAAGUUGCUCUCUGAAUCGUACAUAAAUGCUGAAUGAAAUGUAAUAAGUACAGAUCCUUAAUGGAUGGAUUUAUAACCUGGUCACCUGAACCCACCACCUGUAAUGAUAUGGAAUUUCCACCUGGACCACGCCCCUUUAAAUUUCCCCCUCACCUCUCUGAGACUUUCACCAGACCCCGUCCCAUCAACUCUCCUACGCUGUCCAUCCCAUUCUCUUUGGAACGUUCACUAGGUCUCACCCCCUUUACUUUACUCUAGCUUCUCAGAGCUUUAUACCGGGGCCCUGCCCGUUUAUUUUUCUGGCAGAUGUACCCUGCCUGCCCUGUCAGAGCCACGCCCACUGUCAGUUUAGAGAACCACGCUUUGCAUUUAUGUACGAUUUCUUUGGACAGGAGAGGAACUCGGAUCGAUGUAGCACCAGAGCAUCAACCUCUUACAUACGUGUGUGUGUGUGUGUGUGAGAGAAAAGAUGGUGGCCAAAUACAAAUGCUUUAUUAUUUUUAUGUUCUGCUAGAUGAAGCGAUGUUAAAUGAAAAGGGAAGUUUUAAGGCUGCAGGAAAAUGUCCUCCAUCCAAAGAUCUAAUCUAAUGCACCCAAUGCAGUCGUUUCGGAUUCCCUGAUCGAAACACCUCUGCCUCCUGCACCACCCCCUCUUGCAGAUGAGCACAUGCCUCUUCCUCAUACAGGCGUGCAUUCGCCUGGCACUUCUUUUCACCUGCUGGAGUCUCAAAAGUGCCAUAAUGCAUAUGAAGAGCCAUCAUGUGCUCUCCAAGAUGCCCCCCCCCUCCCACUCCUUUUUUUUUAAUGCAGGCACCUCAACCAGCCAGCAAAGGUCACAUUUGCAGCAGGAACCUCAUUGUGCAACCUCCUUCCCUCAGGCUUGACCAGCUGAGGUUCUACCCUGAGAGAUGGAGGUUUGAGGUGGCGUGUUAGCAGAUCAGACUACUACACCAUAAAUUAUUUGUCGUUGUUUUUUGCGAGCCCCGAUGAGGACGAGAGAUUUGGUCAUGUGGACGUUUUUACUGCAGCCUUGUAGAUUUGCAAUCUGUGAUUGCCUGUGUAUUAUAGACUCGAGUGCUUCUGUCACUGUUGUGGAUGAUUCGAUUCUGUUUCUUCUGUUUUCACUCUCACUCACUUCUAAUCUGCUUUUAUCUGAUGAGUAAUGUGUGCCGUAUUUUCUGGACUACAAGAUGCCAGCAGAGGGUGAGACGUAAGUGACGGUUGUACAGAGCGCUGUGCCGUCCUGGUGGGUAUUAGUGGGGCUUUUUGGGGGGGGAAAUAGACAGCAAACUAUUUUACACUGUUACACCCUGGUAUGGCAGGUACUUCUUCAGUGAUACAAAGCUAGCUGUGUUUUAAUUCCUGGUCUGUAAUUAAUUGGUGGUUCUUUUGCAAGGAAGUGUAAAGCAAAGCGUUCAGCCAUUGUUUGUUUGUUUAUUAGGAUUUUACGUCAUGCUUUACACUCUUGGUUACAUUCAUGACAGGACAGCACAGGUAGUUACUGCUUACACAAGAUUCAUCACUUCAUAAGGUUAUAUCAAACACACGGUCAUGGACAGUUUAGUAUAUCCGAUUAUCCUGACUGCACGUCUUUGGACUGUGGGAGGAAACCGGAGCUCCCGGAGGAAACCCAAACAGACGGGGAGAACAUGCAAACUCCACACAGAAAAGGACCCGGAUCGUCCCACCUGGGGAUCGAAGCCAGGACCUUCUUCAGCUAUUGUACAGCACCACUGGAGCAUAGAGGGUUAGGGGCCUUGCUCAAGGGCCCAACAGUGGCUGCAGGGCGGAGCCGGGAUUCAAAGUUCUACUCACUAGGCUACCACAAACACGCUAUAUAACACCCGGCUGAUCAUACAGCAGUCCUGAUACUGAUUACUGUCUGGAUUAUAUAAUAUGAUCUGAUAUUUUGUGGACUGUAUUAUAUUACAGUUCCUUUACUUCAGGUUUUCUAGCCUAGCGGGUAUUUUCAGAACUAUUUUGGGUACUCGCACGCAGACUCAGUGCAGCUAAGCCACGAAUGCUGCAUUAAUAUCGCAUAAUAAUGAUAUAAUUUUGUGUGUGUGUAUUUACUGAUUUAUCGAUGUUGCAUCUUACACUCUGGAAGAUACGGCAGUGUGGAAACUCGGGCUACGGUUUAAGUGCAAUCAGUCUCUACGAGCCUUCGUAUUUAUUUUAUUUUUGUACAGAUGUGCCAUGUGCAGAUACAAUAACUCGCCGUCGGUUUACGUUACGAUUCACGUUCACAGGAACGUCCUGAUUUCGAUGAAACCACUGAGCACGUGUGUGUCGUCGUGUUUUACCUGUUCGUGUGUUUUAGUGAAAUGAGAAUCUGCGGCGUGUGAGUGCGCGAGAGGAAGCGCUGAGAGCUACGCCAUGCUAACAGGACUUCAGGGAAACGUAACGGCCGAAUGAGAGCUUUAUAUUUUUGAAGAUUGUUUGUGUGAGUGUGUUUGUUUACUGUUGUAGCUGCAUGUUUGUUCUAUACUGGUUGUAAAAUAAAAUGAAGUUUUGAUGAAA